AGGCUCACAAGACAAAAGCCGGAAGCAAGCAGCAGAAGUAGAGCCCUUUGGAAGAUACAAAGCCCCCCUCUCUCUCUAAAAAUCUCCGAAUCAUUUCUUCUUCCGAAGAUUUCUCGCCAUUUCUGAGCUUCUGUUUACUUCCGGUCAUCGGAAAGCGAAGACGGAGACGAAUCCGGAGGUGCCCUAAAACCUUUGGGGGUUUAGGGUUUCGGAUUUGUAGUUGCCUCUCUGUGUGUGGAUCUGCGGCCAAUCAGAGUGUUGAAGGACAUAACCGCGAGUUGGGCUUUACAGAGUUCGCCGUCGCUGCAUGUUUUUCUGUUGAGAAGGGAGGCAAUGGCGAGUUCUUAUCCGGGAGCUGUUAGUGCUGUUCAGGUGGGUUCGUACUUUGUGACCCAGUACUAUCAGAUUCUUCAAAAGCAACCCGAUGUUGUUCAUCAGUUCUACUCUGAUGGAAGCUCCAUGAUUCGUGUCGAUGGUGAUGCAACGGAAUCUGCUGCCGGUAUACUGCAAAUUCAUUCACUCUUAGUAUCUCUAGGUGUUACCUCAAUUGAGAUCCAGACAAUCAAUUCCAGUGAUUCUUGGGAUGGAGGUAUUCUUGUGAUGGUUAAAGGUUUUGUUAAAACAAGGGAAUCAAGUGGAAAGAGGAAAUUUGUCCAGACUUUCUUUCUGGCUCCCCAGGACAAAGGUUACUUUGUUCUCAAUGAUAUGCUUCAGUUCAUUGAGGAUGAAGUUGUUUUCCAACAUCCUGAACCCAUACAGUCAGAAAGCAGAUUUGAUAUGCAACUUAGCGCUUCUAGCCCCCUUCCGGAACCACCAGUUUCUGACUAUGUUUAUGAGGAAGAGCCCAGGGAGUACGUGAACUCCGUUGAUGUAGAAGAUGAUCCAGUUGAUAAGUAUAGUCUCCCAGAGCAACAGGUGCAGCAAGAUUUUGAGACUGAAGUUGUGGUGGAGGAAACUCCUGCAGAGGAGACAUAUUCUUCGUUUCAAAGUGCGGUAAACAAUGUGCAAGACGAACCUGCUGCUGCUGUGGAGGAACCGGUGGGAGAGCCUCAAAAGAAAACUUAUGCUUCUAUAUUGAGGGUUGCUAAAGAACGGUCUGCACCAGUAGCAGCUCCACAACCUUAUAAUAGAAGUGCUCAAACUUCAUCAGAGUGGAAUUACACACCUCAGCCUGCUGUUGAACAAUCCAACUCUGCUCAGUCAUUUGUGCCCGAGUCUGGGGCAGAAGCAACAGAGGAAGGUUAUGCACUGGAGGAAGAAGGUGAACUUCUGAAAUCUGUCUAUGUAAGAAAUUUGCCACCUACGGUUUCUGAAGAUGAGAUCGAGGAGGAGUUUAAAAACUUUGGUCAAAUUAGACCUGAUGGGGUCUUUGUUAGGGCUCGCAAGGAAAUUGGAGUCUGCUACGCUUUUGUUGAAUAUGAAGACAUUGCUAGCGUUCACAAUGCACUCAAGGCAUCUCCAAUUCAUUUAGCUGGAAGGCAAGUUUACAUUGAGGAGCGGAGACCAAACAGUGCUGGAGUGGCAGCUCGAGGAAGGGAUGUACCGGGGAUGUUGGGUGGAGUCCUGGAGAUGCCCCUCAUGGUUGUGUUUGUCCUCACUCCUCAUGUUGCCAGCUGCUGCAAGGAAGUGGUGUUGCCAUCAUAUAUUGUGGAAAUCUUUGAUGUGGCAAAGUUAAAUGCUGUCAGACCAUGCCUGCAUUCUUUGAAUACUGUUAUCUGUUGGAAAAACUUGACUGUUAGGGGAUGUACCGGGGAUGUUGGGUGGAGUCCUGGAGAUGCCCCUCAUGGUUGUGUUUGUCCUCACUCCUCAUGUUGCCAGCUACUGCAAGGAAGUGGUGUUGCCUUCAUAUAUUGUGGAAAUUUUUUGUGUUAGGGAUAGAUAACAUGCUUUUUCUCAAUCAGUCUCGGAAUCAAUUUUGCAUUACUCGUAUAAUCUAUCAGUAUGAUGUGCAUGUCAAGGUUUUUCGUGGAAUCACAUCAUUUCUGUUCAUGAGCUUAGUGAGUCUAUUGGCAUUGCCAGCAUUUAGAAUGUGAUCUACCAAAUUAUUAAGCAUCUGUUUUCAUUAGAGUUAACUGGUUAAUUUGCUCAACUUUUGGUCUCAUUAUGUG